CUUUGAGACUGUAAUACACGACCCAAGGCCACGAUCAGCGGUCAAGAUCGAAAAAAAACGGAGCACGAGAAGGUGACAGUCAGGAAUUUUCGUGGUGAUCCUCAGUGCGCCUCGAUCUUGGUGAAAAUCGAACAAAUUCGGUGGAAAAAAAAGCCAUGAGAAUAAUCGCGUCAAUUGUUUUGAUCCUCGGACUUGCUCUGUAUGUUCACUGCGAAACGACGGAAGAAAGCAACCAAGAGGAGGAUGGCGUCAGCAUUCUUGAUUGUAUGUUCGUAAACAACGCCGGAAGUUGCCUAAGGUCGAGACUGGCUCGAAACCUGGACCAAAUCGAGUUGGAAGUUACCGGAAAAAAAAGCGAACCGCCGAUGAGCGCGGUGGUUGCACAGGCUGGCAAUAUCAUCGCGGAGGUCAUUGAUGAUCUGCAGGAGACUGGCACCGAAGGAAUUAUCGAAGAGGACGAUGGUGGUCAAGACGAUAACGUGGAAGAGGCGCGUAAAAAGAAAUAUGGCAAAAAGAAGAAGAAGCAUAUACAGAAACUCAUGGGAUUGAUGAUGUUGAUAAAAGCGAAGAUUGGCCUGCUGCUACAACUCAUCAGCACGCACUUCCAGCUCAAGUUUUUCGUAAUUGCCGUCAUCUCGCUGAUAUUAAAUGCUGUUAGGUUCUGGAUAGAGAUCAAGAAGAACCAACCCUCUAAAGUUAUCUAUUACGAACACGCACAACAUCAGCAUCACUACGAUCACGAAGAUCACGAUUGGGGAAGAUCGUCGAAUGAGACACCUCAAAAUCUCGCUUAUCGUGCUUACGUACCCACGAAAUGACAUCAAAAUUGCAUAAAUCUGACCGCAGAGACAAGAGAUUUUGCGCGAAAAAAAUCAAACAAGAAUAAAAAAUAACGCAAAUCUCAUUGUAAAACAAUUACAGUCAGUCUUUAUUUUAGAACUAGCGAAUUCUCAGUCUGAAAAUAUUUAAGAUACAAUGCGCGUCAUGCAAUAUUUAUUUUUU